AUGAAAGUUUAAUUCUAAACUGAUUAUGACUCUCGUGUAACUCAUAACCCAUCAAAAAAAAGGGAAUUUCAAUAUAACACUAAAUAACCAGAAAUUAUUACACUUCAAAAUUAUGAAUCAAAUUGUAACAGAAUUGAAUCUAUGCCUGGACAUAUGAGAUCAAAAUCUUAUGAACAUGAUUGCUUAACAAAAGCAUCAAAUACUUUUGGACUUAAUGUUGAUUAACCUUAAGUUUAACCACUUAAAACCAAGCGUUAACAUAGUAUUUCAUAAAAAGAAAAUGAUCCAGGAUUUAUUUCUCCAAAAUUUAGAUUUGAAAGUUGUGAUACACUUGUAACUAGAAAAUCAUAAAAGUAACUUAUUCAAAUAUAGAUUUUAGUAGUUUUAUUAAUGAACUUUAAGAAUGUGUUGAUCUUUCAAAAGUGACCGAACUAUCAAUGCAAUCUUAAAUUUCUCCUUAAAAAGCAUAUAGUGAUUUAUAUUAAAAAAUUGAGGCUAAAGAUUACUUAAUUGAUGAAUUGUAAAAAUAAUUAACAACUUCAAUAAAAAAUAUGACAUUAUAAGUAGAUCUAAUUAGAAAUGAAAAAAAUCAAGUGAUAUAAUAAUAAAUUAGACAAAUAGAAAUUUAUGAAUAAUAAUUAAUUGAGAGUAGAUAAGAAGUAUAAUAAAAGAAUACAGAAUUAUUAAAUCUAAAGAAGAAUAAUAGAGAAUUAAAGAAAUUAUUGGAUACAAAAUAAGAAGUAUUCAUGUUAAAUUGUAACAAUACCUUUAUAAUAAUAUAGCAAUACCAUCUAAUUUUUAAACAAAAAAAGAUUGUAUGUGCCCUUAAUUAGAAAGAGAAAAUAAAGCUUUACUUGCAAAAGUUGAAUAAUUUAGACAUUAAUUAUAAGAGUUAAAACAACAUCUUGAGUUUAAUAACUUAUCAAUUAAUAAUUAAAUAUCUGUUAUUGAAAAGUGUGAUUUUACAUAAUUUGAAAAAACAUUUAAAUAAUUAGCAGAUGAAUUAAAUUUAACAAUUGAUAGCAAAAAUAUUAAUUCUAGUUUUAGUUUAUUGAAUCAAGAAGUUAUUGAAGGUGUAAAGACACUUAAAUAAUAAUAUAAAGAAAAUGAAAAAUUCUUAAGAUGUCUCAAAGAUUUAGUAAUCUAAUGUGCUCCAUAAGAUUAUUUUUUCUAAACUGAUCCAAGUUUAAAAGAAGUAUGGAAAUUUAUAAAAUAAAUUCUCUAAUCUUAUUUAGAAAAUAAAAAAUUAGCAUCUUAAAAUGAAGUUAUUAUUAAUAAUUAUAAAAUAGGAUAUUGUCAUUAAUUUGUGCAAAUAUUUUAGAUGUAAUAAAUCUGAAUUAAAUCAUAAGGGGGCUUGUUUAAUAGUGGAUUAAGAGGUCUAUUAAAGAAUAAUUGAAAAAAUAAAAAGAAUAUUUAAAUUAACUGCAUUAACAAAUAUAAGAGAACUUGAUCGACGGCUAGAUUAUUAUUUAUAAUGA